CCUCCUUGCUACUUGUAUUGCGCAGCAGGAGGAUAUCCAUUCGCUCGACCACACCAACCAGGUGCAACAACAGUCCAUGGACAAGAUGCUCCAGCGCAUCCAGCAGCUGGAGCAGCAGCUUGCUACCGCCAACUCCGGCGCCGGUCCCUCCGACCUCUUCGACCGCGUCAACGUUUUGGAGAUUGACAUGGGAGUACUCAAGACCGGGGCGCAACAUGUCUGCACCGCCGCCGGCUCCAGCUCGACGCCACGGGAAUCCAUUGUCAAAUUUGACGGGCUUCCGAUCUUCUGUGACUUAUCGAAGACGGACCCCAUACCGUGGUGGCGUCAGUUCGAACUCAAGCUGGACCUUCACCACGUGAUCGACACAAACAGGCAUGCAUAUCUGUACUCCCGUUCGGGAGGAGCGUGCCAAGCAUGGAUGGAUAACAUGCUGUCCGCACAUGCCUGUACAGUCACCGAACUGCACAAGUACAUCAACUGGGCAGAUCUCACGGCGGCGUGGAAGAAGCGUUUCCAAGUCGAACCGCCGGAGCACCUCGCGAUGGACAAGUUGCUGACGUUUUCGCAGAACAAUCUGCCAAGCGGUGAUUGGAUUUCUGAGUUCCAACGCUUGGCUAUCACGCCCAAGUUGCCGAUGAACUUCGACGGCAUCAAGCUGUACUUCAUCAAGCGGUCGUGCCCGGCAUUGCAGAACGCGUUGACUCACGUCGCGGACACCCUCACCACAAGUGAGGAGCUCUUCAACAAGGCUGCGCAGAUCAUUGUCACGAAUCUGGCCGCCCAGAACACGGGCCCUUCGUCAUCUGCCGGCCAGGGCACGCAUCAGCAUCGGCCCAAGGUGGCCGUGGUCGCAGCAGCAACGCCUAGCGACCCUUCAACUUCUUCGAACGAGGCUGCUUCAUCUGAUCAGGAAGACACACUAGCAGCUGCCCAGAAUGGUGGCCGCCACGCCAAAGGACGAGGACGCGGCAAGCCGAAGACAACCACCAAUACUUCUUCUGGGCCCAGACAGGCAGCUCAAGAACAAGGCCCUUGGACAACAUACGCCGAUUCUCAAGCCACGGACUUGUCUUCCGACUCCCGGGUGGUGCGGUUGCUCGACGAAUUCGCCGAUGUCUUCGAGUCACCUACCGGCGUGAUGCCGGAUCGGCCGAUCUCACACGAGAUCAUUCUUGAGGCCGGUGCCGUGCCGCCAAAAGGUUGCAUCUAUCGCAUGAGCGAGGAGGAACUUACAGUACUCUGCGCGCAGCUCGACGACUUAUUGGACAAAGGCUGGAUCCGGCCUAGUAGUUCACCCUACGGUGCGCCUGUUCUCUUCGUUCGAAAGAAGAACAAGGACCUUCGCUUAUGCAUCGAUUGCCGCAAGCUCAAUGCGCAAACCGUCAAGAACGCGGGACCUCUUCCUCGUAUCGACGACCUCUUGGAGCGCUUGGGCGGCGCGAAGUUCUUCUCCAAACUGGACCUGAAGUCGGGAUACCAUCAAAUCUCGAUUCGGCCGCAAGAUCGCUACAAGACCGCGUUCAAGACACGGUAUGGGCACUUUGAGUGGGUCAUGAUGCCUUUCGGACUCACCAACGCCCCGGCGACUUUUCAAGCGGCGAUGACCAACGAGUUCCGCGCAAUGUUGGACCGGUUCGUGAUGGUCUACUUGGACGACAUUCUCGUCUAUAGCCGGACCUUGGAGGAACAUCUGGAUCAUCUUCGACGAGUGUUGGAGAGACUCCGGCGUGCCAAGUUCAAAGCCAACCACGACAAGUGCGAGUUCGUGCGUCAAGAGUUGGAAUACUUGGGCCAUUUUGUCACUCCACAAGGCAUCAGUCCGUUGUCGGACAAGAUUCAAGCCGUCCAAGAUUGGCCGGAGCCUCGGAAUGUUACGGAUGUCCGAUCUUUCCUUGGCCUUGCUGGCUACUACCAACGAUUCAUCAAAGGGUACUCGAAGAUCACGGCUCACUUGACCAAGCUUCAAUGCGAGGACCGACCGUUUGACUUCGGGACGGACGCGCGAGAAUCAUUCUUGGCCCUCAAGGCCGCCUUGCUUUCCGCGGAGGUAUUGCGGAUUUACGACCCGCUCUUGCCAACACGCGUCACCACGGAUGCGUCUGGCUAUGACAUUGGUGCCGUCCUCGAGCAACAUGACGGCGUGGAUUGGCACUCGGUCGAAUACUUCAGCAAGAAGGUGCCGCCCGUGCACUCCAUCGAUGAUGCACGCAAGAAGGAACUUCUCGUCUUCGUUCACGCACUCAAGCGAUGGCGGCACUUCCUCCUCGGUCGACGCCAGUUCCGAUGGGUAACGGACAACAAUCCGUUGGUCUUCUACAAGUCUCAAGACACCGUCAACAACACCAUCGCCCGUUGGAUGGCCUUCAUCGACCAAUUCGACUUCUUUCCCGAUCACAUUCCGGGGAAGUCGAACCGUUUCGCGGAUGCCCUUUCCCGGCGUCCGGACCACUGCACCGCGGUCUACUCAACCUUCGAGAUCGAGGACGACUUGCGGGACGGCUUCAUCCGCGGCUAUCAAGCCGACCCCGAGUUUCGCGACAAGUACGCAAACUGUUCCUCUCCCAAUCCGGCGUCGUCGCACUAUCGGAUCCAAGAGGGAUACUUGCUUCUUCACUCGCGGGGGAAGGAUCUACUUUGUGUGCCGCAAGAUUCACACUUGCUCACGUGGCUUCUUGGCGAGUUCCACGACGCCCCCGCCACCGGACACUUUGGAGUCAAUCGCACGAUUGGCCGACUCCGCGAGCGCCUUUGGUGGCCCGGUCUCCUCGACGACGUCACGCGCUACUGCGAGUCAUGCGAAAUCCUUGGUCUACUGCGAAUUGCUCCCCUGAGCAUGCGUCAUAAGAGGAGAGAAGAAGAGAGGAAAAUAGAGGAGGAGAAACGAAAGGAGAAGGAAAGACUGAGGGAGGAAAGGCUGAGGGAGGAAAGACUGAGGGAGGAAAGACUGAGGGAGGAAAAAAGAAGUGAGGAAAGAAUGAGGGAGGAGGAAAGGGUUCGGCGGGAGGCUAAGGAAAGGGAAGAGGAGGCAAGGAAGGUGGCUGAAAGGGAAAGAGAGGAGGAAGUGAGAAAGGAGCAGGAGUUGAAGAGAGAAAGUGAACGAAAAGAGGAGGAAGCAGAAAAGUUGGAAAGGGAAAGAGACAUACGUGGGGAAGAGGAAGGGAAUUUGGUUCAGGAGCAAAAGAAGUCGGACAUGGACUGGGAAGAGGCUCAUAAGGCCAACUCAAGUGAGGAAAUCCAGAAAGAGGGUGGGCAGCAGGAUGGAAGUAAGGGAACGGGUUGGCAGCCUAGCAAGUUCAUAGACGUUCCAUUAGCUGAACCUUUUGUCUUCCAUGGUCCGAAAGAGAAACCAAACAAAGAUAAAGCAAAGGAGAAGGAGGUCCAGGCUAAGCCAACUAACCCCCCCCCAGGGUAAGGAGGAAGAUGUAGAAUCGACGGAGGAUCCCUCACCAUACAGGGAGGAGGGGGACCACGAUUCUGAGGGAUACCUCACGAAGGAGGAGGGAAAGGAAGAAGGUGGGGGAUUAUUGGAGGAGGACCUGGACUUCGCUGUUCCAGGAUUGCUUUUUAAAGAAGGGGAUAUAUUUAAUAACAGACAAUCCACUCCAUGCAAAAAGGCCAGGGUAGGAGAUAACACGACAGUAUCCACAAUGGAUGAGCAGAGGGAAGGGAAUGCUUGUAUGGAUAAAGCUGAAAUAAUGGC